AGGUAAAAGCACUUUUGGAGUUCUUCUGAUUGUUCACGACAGCAUCUCCGAGUGUCUGGGAAUCAUCGGUUUGACCGCCACGCACAGCCCCCACCUGCCCCCCAGUCCCUCAAGGUAGGUCCUGGUCUUCACCCCAUUAUUCCUCAAGCUUUCGGAUUUUUCCUCCUUUUCCAGCCCGCACGUUCACACAUGGGGGGUGGGGGCGGGAGGAGGGGGAGAGGCGGGGCGGGAAGGUAGCCUGGUCCCGGCUCCGCGCCGCUCUCAUUCGCGGCGCUCCGACUCGGGCGAAGUUCUCGCGCAGCCGACUCGCCGCGCCCGGGGCCGGUCCCGGCGGGCGGCGGCGGCGGGUGCCGGGAGCCGGGAGCCGGGCGGGGCGGCGGCGGCGGCGGCGGCGCGGGGACGCGCGCUGUCUCUUUAAGGGAGCUCGGUCUGGGGUGGCGCUUUCCUCCGCGAAGGCUCCUUUGAUAUUAAUAGUGUUGGUGUCUUGAAACUGACGUAAUGCGCGGAGACUGAGGUCCUGACAAGCGAUAACAUUUCUGAUAAAGACCCGAUCUCACUGCAAUCUCUUUUUUGGUGCUGCUCGUUUCUCCAGACCUCGGGUCCUCUCGAUCGCUCUCUCGCCUUCCUAUUUUUUUUUUUUAAACAAAAAACAACACCCCCCUCCCCUCUCCCACCCGGCACCGGGCACAUCCUUGUUCUAUUUCCUUUCUCUCUCUCUCUCUCUCUUUCUCUCUCUUUUUUAUAUAAAGGGGGGGAGGGACGGGAAAGGGGGGGAGGCAGGAAAGACCUUUUCUCUCCCCCCCCCAAAUAAUCCAAGAUCAACUCUGCAAACAACAGAAGACGGUUCAUGGCUCUGGCCGCCGCGCCACCAUCUUUCGGGCUGCCGAGGGUGCUCCUGACGAUUAAUCAACAGAUGUGCAGAUCAGCUCUCAAAAUGUCUUCUGUCUUCUGAGCGUCUUCUAAGACGAUUGCAUUAGCCUCCUGCUAGUUGAUAAUAGAAUUAAUAAUUGUAAAAAGCACUCUAAAGCCACAUGCCUUAUGAAGUCAGUGCUGGGUAUGAUUUUACAAAUAUGGUCCGGAAAAAGAACCCCCCUCUGAGAAACAUUGCUAGUGAAGGCGAGGGCCAGACCCUGGAGCCUAGAGGUACAGAGAGCAAGGUGUCUGGAAAGAACAAAGAAUUUUCUGCAGAUCAGAUGUCAGAAAAUACAGAUCAGAGUGAUGCUGCAGAAAUAAAUAAUAAAGAAGAACAUAGCUUGCAUGUUCAAGAUCCGUCUUCUAGCAGUAAGAAGGACUUAAAAAGUUCAGUCCUCAGUGAGAAGGCUGGCUUCAAUUAUGAAAGCCCCAGUAAGGGAGGAAACCUUCCCCCCUAUCCGCAUGAUGAGGUGACAGACAGAAAUAUGUUGGCUUUCUCAUCUCUAGGGGCUGGGGGAGUCUGCGAGCCCUUGAAGUCUCCUCAAAGAGCAGAGGCAGAUGACCCUCAAGAUAUGGCCUGUACCCCAUCAGGGGACUCACUGGAGACAAAGGAAGAUCAGAAGAUGUCACCAAAGGCUACUGAGGAAACAGGGCAAGUGCAGAGUGGUCAAGUCAAUUGUCAAGGUUUGAGCCCAGUUUCAGUGGCCUCAAAAAACCCACAAGUGCCUUCAGAUGGGGGUGUAAGAAUGAAUAAAUCCAAAACUGAUUUACUGGUGAACGACAACCCAGACCCAGCACCUCUGUCUCCAGAGCUUCAGGACUUUAAAUGCAAUAUCUGUGGAUAUGGUUACUAUGGCAACGACCCCACAGAUCUGAUUAAGCACUUCCGAAAGUAUCACUUAGGACUGCAUAACCGCACCAGGCAGGAUGCUGAGCUGGACAGCAAAAUCCUGGCCCUUCAUAACAUGGUGCAGUUCAGCCAUUCCAAAGACUUCCAGAAGGUCAACCGCUCUGUGCUUUCUGGCGUGCUGCAGGACAUCAAUUCUUCACGGCCUGUUUUACUAAAUGGGACCUAUGAUGUGCAGGUCACUUCAGGUGGAACGUUCAUUGGCAUUGGACGGAAAACACCAGAUUGCCAAGGGAACACCAAGUAUUUCCGCUGUAAAUUCUGCAAUUUCACUUAUAUGGGCAACUCAUCAACUGAGCUAGAACAACAUUUUCUUCAGACUCACCCAAACAAAAUAAAAGCUUCUGUCCCCUCCUCCGAGGGUGCCAAACCUACAGAGAAAAACUCUAACAAAUCCAUCCCUGCACUUCGAUCCAGCGAUUCUGGAGACUUGGGAAAAUGGCAGGAUAAGAUAACUGUCAAGGCAGGCGAUGACACUCCUGUUGGCUAUUCAGUGCCCAUCAAGCCCCUUGAUUCCUCGAGACCGAACGGAACAGAGGCCACCAGUUACUACUGGUGUAAGUUUUGCAGUUUCAGCUGUGAGUCAUCUAGCUCUCUUAAACUGCUAGAACAUUACGGCAAGCAGCACGGCGCAGUGCAGUCAGGUGGCCUUAAUCCAGAAUUGAACGAUAAGCUUUCCCGGGGCUCUGUCAUUAAUCAGAACGAUCUAGUCAAAAGUGCAGAAGGAGAGCCAAUGACUAAGGCAGAAAAAGGCUCGGGUGGGGGGAAGAAGAAGGACUUCUCCAGCAAGGGGGCAGAGGAUAAUAUGGUAACAAGCUAUAACUGUCAGUUCUGUGACUUUCGAUAUUCCAAAAGCCAUGGCCCCGAUGUAAUUGUGGUGGGGCCACUUCUCCGUCAUUACCAACAGCUCCAUAACAUUCACAAAUGUACCAUUAAACACUGUCCAUUCUGUCCCAGAGGCCUUUGCAGCCCAGAAAAGCACCUUGGAGAAAUUACUUAUCCGUUUGCUUGUAGAAAAAGUAAUUGUUCCCACUGUGCACUCUUGCUUCUGCACUUGUCUCCGGGGGCUACCGGCAGCUCGAGAGUCAAGCACCAGUGCCACCAGUGUCCGUUCACCACCCCUGAUGUGGAUGUGCUCCUCUUCCACUACGAGAGUGUGCAUGAGUCCCAAGCAUCUGAUGUCAAACAAGAAGCAAACCAUUUGCAAGGAUCGGAUGGGCAGCCCGCAGUCAAGGAGAGCAAAGAACACUCGUGUACCAAAUGUGAUUUUAUUACCCAAGUGGAAGAAGAGAUUUCCCGACACUACAGGAGAGCACACAGCUGCUACAAAUGCCGUCAGUGCAGUUUCACAGCUGCUGACACUCAGUCACUACUGGAGCACUUCAACACUGUCCACUGCCAGGAACAGGACAUCACUACAGCCAACGGCGAAGAGGACGGCCAUGCCGUGUCCACCAUCAAAGAGGAGCCCAAACUGGACCUCAAGGUCUACAGUCUGCUAAAUCCAGACUCUAAAAUGGUAGAGCCCGUUUCGGAGAGUGUGGUGAAGAGGGAGAAGCUGGAAGAGAAGGACGGCCUCAAAGAGAAAGUCUGGACUGAGAGUUCCAGCGACGAGCUUCGCGGCGUGACUUGGAGAGGGGCGGACAUCCUGCGGGGCAGCCCGUCGUACACUCCAGCAGGCCUGGGGCUGCUGACCCCUGUGUCUGGCUCCCAGGAGCAGACAAAGACCCUUCGGGAUAGCCCCAACGUGGAAGCGGCCCACCUGGCGCGGCCCAUUUUUGGCUUGGCUGUCGAGACCAAGGGAUUCCUGCAGGGGGCGCCCGCCGGCGGGGAGAAGUCCGGGGCCCUCGGCCAGCAGUUUCCUGCAGCGGGAGAGACCAAGGCCAAGGACGAAUCCCAGUCCCUGUUACGGAGGCGUAGAGGCUCCGGUGUUUUUUGUGCCAAUUGCCUGACCACAAAGACCUCUCUCUGGCGAAAGAAUGCAAAUGGCGGAUAUGUAUGCAACGCGUGUGGCCUCUACCAGAAGCUUCACUCGACUCCCAGGCCUUUAAACAUCAUUAAACAAAACAACGGUGAGCAGAUUAUUAGGAGAAGAACAAGAAAGCGCCUUAACCCAGAGGCACUUCAGGCUGAGCAGCUCAGCAAACAGCAGCGGGCAAGCAGCGAGGAGCAAGUCAAUGGCAGCCCGUUAGAGAGGAGGUCAGAAGAUCACUUAAGCGAAGGCCACCAGAGAGAAAUCCCGCUCCCCAGCCUAAGUAAAUAUGAAGCCCAGGGUUCAUUGACUAAAAGCCAUUCUGCUCAGCAGCCAGUCCUGGUCAGCCAAACAAUGGAUAUUCAUAAAAGGAUGCAACCUUUGCACAUUCAGAUAAAAAGUCCUCAGGAAAGUACUGGAGAUCCAGGAAAUAGUUCCUCCAUUUCCGAAGGGAAAGGAAGUUCUGAGAGAGGCAGUCCUAUAGAAAAGUACAUGAGACCCGCCAAGCACCCGAAUUACUCGCCACCAGGCAGCCCUAUCGAAAAGUACCAGUACCCGCUUUUUGGACUUCCCUUUGUACAUAAUGACUUCCAGAGUGAAGCUGAUUGGCUGCGGUUCUGGAGUAAAUAUAAGCUCUCCGUUCCUGGGAAUCCGCACUACUUGAGUCACGUGCCUGGCCUACCAAAUCCUUGCCAAAACUAUGUGCCUUAUCCCACUUUCAAUCUGCCUCCUCAUUUUUCAGCUGUUGGAUCAGACAAUGACAUUCCUCUAGAUUUGGCGAUCAAGCAUUCCAGACCUGGCCCAACUGCAAACGGUGCCUCCAAGGAGAAAACGAAGGCGCCACCAACUGUAAAAAAUGAAGGUCCCUUGAAUGUAGUAAAAACGGAGAAAGUUGAUAGAAGUACUCAAGAUGAACUUUCCACAAAAUGUGUGCACUGUGGCAUUGUCUUUCUGGAUGAAGUGAUGUACGCUUUGCAUAUGAGUUGCCAUGGUGACAGUGGACCUUUCCAGUGCAGCAUAUGCCAGCAUCUUUGCACGGACAAAUAUGACUUCACAACACAUAUCCAGAGGGGCCUGCAUAGGAACAGUGCACAAGUGGAAAAAAAUGGAAAAUCUAAAGAGUAAAACCUUAGCACUUAGCACAAUUACAUAGAAAUAGGUUUUCUUGAUGGGAAUUCAAUAGCUUGUAAUGUCUUAUGAAGACCUAUUAAAAAAUACUUCAUAGAGCCUGCCUUAACCAACAUGAAAGUCCCUUCUUUCAUUAUUCUUUCUUUUGAUGAGUAGGUUACCAAGAUUUAAAAGUGAGACAAAUGGUCAGUGAGAAAGAAUAGAAUAUGGUAAACAAUCAUUUUUUUUCUCUUUUAAAGUAAAGCCUAGUAAGUCAAAAUCAUCUUGGCUAAUGUGUACUGGGGAAAUCAUGCGUAACAGGUAAUCACCCAACAGUAAUUGCUAUGUUGGUUUAGAAUUUGAAAUGGUUUCCAUAUUAUGAUACUAGAACAGUAUUAGGCUGGCCAUUGGCCCAUGUCUUCAAAAAUCCAGAAAUUGUUGUCUAAAUUUGUAAGUAUCAUGAAAUUCCUAGACAAAUGAGGAGAAAUUGACUCUCCAAGGCAGUGAAAAGCAAUGAAGGAAAAAUAGCGCCUCACACAUCAGUCUCCUCUCAUUGACCAUGUUUCAGAUUUUACCGAGCAAUGCGAGCUGCGGUUCAGCUUGGUUAGAGAGCAGCAAGAAACGUGACCGAUGGUGGCGGGUUGUUUUUGGCCAGCCCUGCCUGUACAUACACAUGCACACCCUCUCUGAUAGUUUGUCCUUUAGAUGCUCAAAUACCCAAUAGUCCUUUGGUUUUUAGUUUAGGUUCAUUUGUCCAUAUAAAUCCACUUUUAAAACCAAUGUCCUUGAUGCUUACAUAGUGAUGUUAUUGUAGCCAGACAUUUCUUUCUUGUAUGUGAUGAAUCAGUUUGGAUAUUUGUGGGGUUGUUUUUUUUGUUGUAUUUUUUUUUCAUAAGCUUUCUUUUGUUCACUGAUCUCACUCGGCACAUUGUAAGUAAAGGAAUCCCCUCAGUUCAAAGGAAUAGAUGGAUACAAAUGUCAGACCAUGGGUUUAAUUUGUUUAGAACACAUGGUGUUUCUCCAUAAGGUAACCUGCUGUAUUUAUUUAUUUUCUUUUGGUUAAAUAUAAUUUCCAAACUUUGUGGUCAGGCAGCGUCUAAGGUUACGUUACCGCAGACUGACAGUUGGUAUGUGUACCAGUCAAUCCCUUCAUUAGAUGUAUACAGGUUUAGUUAAGUAGCAUUAAAUAGGAUUCUUAGAAGUAUGUCUUCAUAGUACUUUUAAUACUUAAGGCUUUGUAAAAACUAUCCAUGAAGGGAAAGCUCCUCAGCAUAACUGCUCAGGGAAAUAGGGCUAAAUAACUGAACAUUAAAUAAUUGGUUAAAGGUGCUGUUAGUCGAGCCUCAAUGCUUGCUACAAGGAUGUAUGUACAAGGACUGACUUUAAUAAUUUGCAUUAUAUUGUCCCAACCAGUAGUUUAUUUUUUGCCACGGAGAUGUAGAAGAUAUUACAAGCUACUGGAUGCACUGUCAGAUUAACUUAUUUCAUUAAAGAAGUUGGGAGAACAAAUAGGAAAAAAAAAACUUAUUUUUCUAGUAAAUAUUAAUGUAUUACAUUUCAAAUAAUGGUGCCUGACAUAUUGAAUAAUUAUUUUCUACAGUGUACGUAUGCAACAAAGAUAUUCCAUCAUGCAUUAGAGUCAGUUCUGGCUCUGCCUAGCUGUUUACAUUUGCAAAUGUAGCAAACAAGGUAAUGAAGCAACUAUUUCUAUUGCAGUAGACAUCUUUGUGUGUGUGUGUUUGUGUGUGUGUGCAUUAAAGUUGUAAACGGUAACAUGAAACAAAUGAAAGUUCUUGAUAUAAUGGUAUGGAAAACAAGAAGGAAAUGAAAAUAUUUUUAUGCCUACUUAGGAAAAAAAGGGUAGCACUAUUCAUUCCAAGUACUUUUUUUUUUUUAAUGUUUAAGCUCUUAACUCACAUUGUUAUGCUUAAGAUGAUAAACAUAUAUCCUCUUUUUAUUGCUUUGUCUAUGUUUCAGAUGAAACAUUUCAGAAAUUAUUUUGAUGAGUGUUGCCGGAGUCGGCAGCGCUGACGUUUUUAUUGCCUUCUGUAGCCGCGUUUGCACUCCAUUUUUACGUUCAUUCGCAGCGGCUUUGUCUUGUUCUGUUUUGUUGCAGUUUUGUUCCUUUUUCACAGUGCCUGGUCUCCGGGUCUUCCUUGCUUAAAGUUGGAUGGCAGGUAGAGUUAAACCAGUUCAUGACUGUUGUGGUGAAUGAAGUUAAAAAUGUCUUUCUGAUCUUGUGUUGUCAUUUUCAUUCUUGCAUUUUUGUUUGCAUAUUAUAAAAGAAAAGAGAGAGCGAGGGAUGGAAAACAGGACUAAGUCCUCCACAUCAGUUUCACUGUUAAAGGGCCCGAUACGAAUCUCCCCUGUCCCGUAGGUCUAAUAUUCACAUCAACUAAAAUGAAGAGGUGGAAUGAGGACGCCAUGACUUUUAAAUUAUGUGAUGUAAUUUAUCUCUUUUAGGAAUUUGGAUGGAUGCAUCUCAAAAUAUACAGCCAGAGUUGAAAGAAAAAACAAAGAGAGGAGAUUUCCCAAAUAACAAUAUUUAAUUUUCUUAAUAAAAAUAAUGAAAUGCACUAUGGCAGUCCCGUCAAGUAACAUUUUCUAUGUACACUGCUCAAAUCAGCAAAAAUACCAAAAUUUGGUUAACUUGGGCAAUAUUAACAUUUUGGACAAAACUACUCACUACGAAGUUUCUCCCGUGUGUCAAAAACAAAUGGAUUGUUUAUUUGGGGCAUGUAUGCCUUUGUUUUUUAUCAUGCAAUUGUUUCUUUUUCUGAGACAGACAUAGUAGUAAGGACUAGUGUUAGAAAAUACAUAUCACUAUUCUUGGAAUAUUUAUGGUCAGUCUACUUUUCAGUAGAAGAUGUUUGGUUAGUGUUGACAUGAUAAAUCUUAUUCCAUACUCCUUUAUUAUUGAUUAUUUUAUUUUCAUCUUUGCUUUCAUUAUUAUACAUAUUUUGGUGGAGAAGAGGUUGGGCUUUAAAAAAGAAGACAAAUUUAUCAUAACACUAAAAUACUUCGUAUUUUUGACUUACUAAAGCCUUUAUUCCAUCUCUCAAGACAUAUUACUGAAGAAAUUCCUUUGGGGGGGGUUUAAAUAUUUUGAAUCAUUUGUCUUAAAUUGUGGUUCUAAAUGAGCUAUUUACACACUUGCCCCUUUUCAUGAUGACUUUCACAAUUAUUAAGGAAUUUUCUUUCUUGGAAAGAACAUUUUCAUCCUCUGUGAUAAAAACUGUAUGCCAGCUAAAAUUGUAUACCAUUUGCAAAACUGAACGUCUUUUAAAAUUACUUCUCUAUAUUCUCAAUGAAGUUUGGGAUCAAAUUUUAAGCCAGGACAAGCUCGUGUGAUUUCACAUCUUCUUUUUCACUUUCUCUCAUCCUCACUUACCCUGUAUUCAUUCUGUUGUUUGGGAUAGAAAAUCAUAAAGAGCCAGUCCACCGCAGAAGUCUGUGGCUUGAGAGACACACUACAGGACUCUAAGUGUAAGAUGGAAGGAUAGAGCUCUGAACAUUUACUUCAUAGAUGGAGAGGAAAAGAGUGUGCCCAAUACUCUCUAUAUGACAUAGUGAGAUGUUUUGUUUUGUUUUAAAUCAUCUUUUAAGAUAGUGAUGUUUUGUUCUAAGCUUCUCUCGUUUAGUAAAGGUAGAUUGUAGAGAAGACAAGUAUGAGAGUCUUAAUAUUAAAGAGAAGGGAAUAAAAGUGAUUAUCUUUAAUAACUCUUUGUUGCAGCCUGUGGUAGCACAUUAUGUUUAUGAUUGCACAUGUGCACAUAAUCUAUUAUGAUCCAAUGCAAAUACAGCUCCAAAAAUAUUAAAUGUAUAUAUAUUUUAAAAUGCCUGAGGACGUACAUUUUUCUUAAUUCACUGAAGAGUUUCAGUAGUGCUGUUAAAAUAAUUAUUAGCCCUUGCUGCGUGGCCGCAAAACAUCACAAAGUGACCUGUCUGGAGACCUGUGAACUUCUUGCCUGUUUAAUUAAUGAAAUUAGCGCAUCUCUCGAUGGGGGAGUAUCUGCCACCCCAUGGAGUGGAUGAAAACGUGGAGCAAAGACGCUGGUGGUCUGGGUCUGUGCUGUACACCAGUCUUUUGCCUACAUUGAGAUGAGGCUCCCAAUUGCUAUCUUUGAAUCGAGGGCCAUGGUUAAAAAUGAAAAAAAGAAAACUCAAGUCAUCUUUGGUGAGCCAGUAGGUGAAAAUGUGCUGACUGUACUAGACACAGGAGACAACUGAGGGGCUCAAAUGCAACCUGAGCAUGGAACUCCAUAUGCUGACCAAAGGUAGGUGCUGUCAGGCAACUGCAAAUGAGAAGAGCAUAGAAAGGCACCAUCAGGACUUUGGAGGGCAGUGUUACUUUCCCAAAGAAAGACUCGGCCCCGGGUAGAGGCAUGGCUUCUUGGCAGAGCCCUUCCUUUUGGUUUUUCAUUGCCAUUUCAUAGACAGUGAACUCAUGUUCCUGUUUGCAGUGCGGUUGUUUAGAAAGCAUACCACUUGAUUGCAGUAACUGGAACCUCUGGAAGAUGCUAGGGCAGAAGUGAAUCAAGUUAGGGUUGAAGAAAAUGUGAACUUCUACAGUAAUCCACACAUCGAAACUGGAUAUCUUAUGCUCACAUGUUAUCCUCUUAAAUGGAAGGGUGGGGCUGGAAGGUUCACUCUGCCCUACACCACAAAAAACUAAGAGUAACUUUACCAUAGAAAUAAUGUUAGCCUUCAUUAGAGGAAAUGGUCCUUCAAGACCUAAAAGUCCCAAAUCUCAAUCCUGGUUUUACCCUUGACUUUUCAAUAUAUGAACUGCAGCAAAUCACUUUUUCUUUUCCUUUUUUGUGCCUCAGGUUCCUCAGCUGUAAAGUGGGAAAAAAUAUAAUAAUAAUUAAUAAUAAUAAUAAUAGUAAUGGAAAUGUAGUACUUAUUUGUAAAGCACUUUGAGCUCCUUGGUUGAAAGGCACUAUGAGAGUGUCAAGUAUUAUGAUGUGGCCAAGAGGGUUAUUUAAACUCAGUUCCCACGGGCCAGGAAAGGUUGGAAUCAUGUUUGUUAAAGAUGAGCUGUAAAUAUCUUAACUAGGCAACCUACACUGUUGACUACGAAGAGGAAAACUGUUCUAAGGCCGAUAAAAGCAUAGAUUCUUAAUGGCUACCAACGAGGCAAAUAUCUCUAUAACAAAUGCCAAAUUCCUUAGGGUGAACUAUUGGACAACAUGAAUAAUGUGGGGGGAGGGACAGGGAUGGGAAACAUCUCAAAAUGCCAAUGUACAAUGAACUUACAGCAAUAUUCACCAGCAGAGAAAUGUCUUUCAUAUGGAAUGAUUUCAUGUUGCUAAGAAAAAGAAAUUCAAUUUGUAGUCCUGAUUUGAAUAUUAGAAUGUUGGCUAUAAUAGUUCUGUUCUUACAACACAUGAAGUUUUUUCGUUUUAUUUUAUUUUUUUGUUUGUUUUCAUAGUGCAUGUUCAUUUCUACUCACAAACAUGUUCUUGGUGUAUUUCUUAUGCAAACAAUCUUCAGGCAGCAAAGAUGUCUGUUACAUCUAAACUUGAAUAAUAAAGUUUUACCACCAGUUA